AUGCUUAUAUGUAUUCCAAUUACAGAUAUUGAAACAUUGAUGAAUCCUACAACAUAUCCAGACUCUAAUACAUCAUCAACAAAAAUUGUUGAUGUUAAUCCAUUUUAUUAUAACAAUCCAAAAUAUAAAUGUUUAUGUCAAAAGGUUCAUAUUAAAGUUGGAACAUAUUCAUUUGCUUAUUUAACAAUUUUUGCAUAUAUUGUUAUUUCAAUAUUAGCAUGGAUUUUAGGAAUACAUAUAUUUGUUAGUGUUGGUACUACAAUUCUUGCAAUUUUUGGAAUUAUUACAUCAUUACUAUUAAUUUAUAGUGUUAAAAAAGAAAAAAGAUUAUUUAGUGUACCAUAUUUAAUAUUUUGUGUCAUUUCAUCAAUCCUCCUGGCCACAUUUACCAUUUUAUGUAUUUUUACUAUUCUUAAUCGAAAUAAUGAAAAUAUUAAAAAUUUUUUGUAUCCAGGUCAAGAAAAUCAUAAAUUAAAUGAAAGCCAAGAUGAUUAUAUCCUAAUAAAUUUAACAAUUUUUAUUGUUAUUGCUUUGUCAUUCCUACUUUUUACAAUUUGGGCAUUUUUUAUUGUAUUUAGAACAUACAAAUUUAUUGGAGAUAUUCUUAUUGCAAGGAGACCUAUUAGAGUUAUCAAGAGUACACAAUAA